AGCCACGGAUUGGCUGACUGGGGCGCAGCUUGAUGGCGUCGGGCUGGCGAGCUGCGGUCCCGCGGGUGGACCCGGGGCGAAGGCCGCCUGUGUGAGAGGGCCAGUGGCCCAAGCUCGCUGCGGACACGGGGAGGGGGAAUCGGGGGUACUAGGCCUCCCUACACUUCGCCAUGAGUUUCCUGAUCGACUCCAGUAUCAUGAUUACCUCCCAGAUACUUUUCUUUGGAUUUGGAUGGCUUUUCUUCAUGCGCCAACUGUUUAAGGACUAUGAAGUACGUCAAUAUGUGGUACAGGUGAUAUUCUCUGUGACGUUCGCAUUUUCGUGCACCAUGUUUGAGCUCAUCAUCUUUGAAAUCUUAAAAGUAUUGAAUAGCAGUUCCCGUUAUUUUCACUGGAAAAUGAACCUGUGCGUAAUCCUUCUGAUCCUGGUGUUCAUGGUGCCUUUUUACAUUGGCUAUUUUAUUGUGAGCAACAUCCGACUAUUGCAUAGGCAGCGACUGCUCUUCUCCUGUCUCCUGUGGUUGACCUUCAUGUACUUCUUCUGGAAACUAGGAGACCCAUUUCCCAUUCUCAGCCCGAAACAUGGGAUUUUGUCCAUAGAACAGCUCAUCAGCCGGGUAGGUGUGAUCGGUGUGACUCUCAUGGCUCUUCUUUCUGGAUUUGGUGCUGUCAACUGCCCAUACACGUACAUGUCCUACUUCCUCAGAAAUGUGACUGAUGCAGAUAUCCUCGCCCUGGAACGGCGACUGCUCCAAACCAUGGACAUGAUCAUCAGCAAAAAGAAAAGGAUGGCAAUGACACGGAGAACUAUGUUCCAGAAGGGGGAGGUGCAUAACAAACCAUCAGGAUUCUGGGGAAUGAUAAAAAGUGUUACCACUUCAGCACCAGGAAGUGAAAAUCUCACUCUUAUCCAACAGGAAGUGGACGCUUUGGAAGAACUAAGCAGGCAGCUUUUUCUGGAAACAGCUGAUCUGUAUGCUACCAAGGAGAGAAUAGAAUAUUCCAAAACAUUUAAGGGAAAAUACUUCAAUUUUCUGGGUUACUUUUUCUCUAUUUACUGUGUUUGGAAAAUUUUCAUGGCAACGAUUAAUAUCGUUUUUGACCGGGUUGGGAAAACUGAUCCUGUCACAAGAGGCAUUGAGAUCACUGUGAAUUAUCUGGGGAUCCAAUUUGAUGUGAAGUUCUGGUCUCAACACAUUUCCUUCAUUCUGGUUGGAAUCAUCAUCGUUACAUCUAUCCGAGGACUGCUGAUCACUCUUACCAAGUUCUUUUAUGCCAUCUCUAGCAGUAAGUCCUCCAACGUCAUUGUCCUGCUGUUAGCACAGAUAAUGGGCAUGUACUUUGUCUCCUCUGUGCUGCUGAUUCGAAUGAGCAUGCCUCUAGAAUAUCGUACCAUAAUCACCGAAGUCCUGGGGGAGCUACAGUUCAACUUCUAUCACCGUUGGUUUGAUGUGAUCUUCCUGGUCAGUGCUCUCUCCAGCAUACUGUUCCUCUAUUUGGCUCACAAACAGGCACCAGAGAAGCAUAUGGCACCUUGAACUCAUGCCUGUUACAGACUGCUACGGGCCAGUAGCGUCAGAAUUUGGAUUUAAGAGAAAACAAUGGAGGGGACCAGGGCCUAAUAUUUUUUAAACAAUCAAAACACUGAGGUAGCAGAUUCUACCUCCAGCUUAUGCCUUCCUCCUCAGCUGAUACUGUGAUCAUGUAGCAUUAGCUAGAACAUGAGCGUGAAGUAAACUCAAGCUAGCCCUCAGCGGAGCGCAUCCCACGUGGGUUUGAGGCUGAUGCAGCAUGGCGGAAGAGGGGUGGAAAAGAGCCAAGAAACUAGUCUGGGAGAAUACACUGGAGCCCUAGAGUAAGGGGAAGUCUGAGGUAGCUGGGCCAAACACACAGGAUCUCUGUCAAGGCUCACAUGGAGGAGGUUCUGGCUUUCCCUUAAGAUUGACAAUCAUUAAAAUCAGAUUGGAACCCUU